GUUGGCUCAGUAUUGCCGAAGAGCAGCAUUGGGAUGGAUAUGGAAAGCAUUUUCCUUAUAUUGUUGUUAUGUAGCACGGUAUCGGGACGUUUUAUGACUUUUGAUAAAAAGCUUACAUCAUCUUUGCAAUCAGCACUCAUUCACUCUCACUCCGAUGUCUCAUUUGCUCUACUGGAUUUAGCUCCUCGUCGACGUUUGAAAGAAGAACAUGUAUUGAUGACUGUUGAUUUUCCAGGAACACAGAAUCAAUUCACCUUUGUUCUGGAAAGAGUUCGUGAAAGGGUUACUAUAGCUACUAAAGAGAGUGGACGUCUUCGAUUGCAGCAUCUUCCAGUUAAGGGUCUGAAUCUUCACAGUUAUCACAAAAGUAUUUUGUUACACGUGACACCGAGUAGCAAACAUGAUGGAGCAUCACGUAUGCACAUUUAUCUCGAUUGUGUUUGGCAGGGUUAUUUCGUCAUGCCCUUAUCUCUCUACGACAUGAUACAACAGAGUAAAAAUCACGAACUUAAAUCGGAACGAGAUAAGAAGAUAAGUGCGGCUGUCUACGUUAAUGCAAGUCUCCAGAGAGCCUUAGAAGAAGCAGGAUGUCCUCCUGGUGAUGCUCCACAUUCCAUACAACCGACUGGAGAGAUUUAUUUUAAUGGAAAAGACCAGCAAAUGUUUAUCAGAGCUCUGGAGGAUUUAACAUCGGCUCUAAAAGAAUUGAGAAAAAACAUGGAUUUGCAGAUAAGAGAGACAAAAUAUUUAAGAGAAACCCUUGAGAGGUGCGAGAUGUGUAGAAUUCGAAAAACUUGCAGAGACAAUCCCUGCUUUCCAGGUGUUCAAUGUUACGACACAGUCGACGGAUUUAAAUGUGGUUCCUGCCCUAGAGGUUACACGGGUGACGGUAUCAGCUGUAAUCCCUACUCAGCUUGUAACGAUAGACCCUGUUAUCCAGGUGUGAGGUGUUACGAUCUUGAAAAUGGUGCUUACCGAUGCGGUCCCUGUCCAGAAGGAUUUGUUGGUAACGGUGUGGUGUGCAAACUAACUAAUCGAUGCUCCGAAAAUCCAUGCUGGCCUGGAGUGCAAUGUACCAACAUAGAUGUGUCACCUGGUUAUCUAUGUGGUCCGUGCCCUUCUGGUUUCUCCGGUAAUGGUACCCAUUGCGAGGACGUGGACGAAUGCGAUUUAGCUCAACCCUGCCAUCCAGACGCAUCGUGUGUCAACACGGCUCCGGGUUUCAGGUGCGGACCAUGUCCUGCAGGUUACACCGGAAGAGAAGUUUAUGGUAAAGGACUCGAAUACGCACGAGCGGUCAGACAGUUGUGUCUAGAUAUCAAUGAGUGCGACGAAGGAAGAAAUGGAGGGUGUGUGGAGAAUUCUCAAUGCGUAAACACAGUUGGUUCUUUCAUAUGUGGAGAAUGUAUCGAAGGUUUUGUUGGCAACCAGACGUUUGGUUGCCAUCCUCAUCCGGGUACUUGUCCAGAUGGAACCAUUUGUGAUGGACAUGCUGAGUGUGAAAGACGUAGAGGUCAAUACCGAUAUCACUGUAAGUGUCGUGUAGGCUGGGCAGGUAGCGGUAAAAUAUGUGGACCAGACAGAGAUUUAGACAGCUGGCCCGAUUAUGAUCUGAAUUGCAACCAUCCAAAAUGUAGAGCUGAUAAUUGUCCAGAUACACCAAACAGUGGUCAAGAUGAUGCUGAUGGUGACGGUUUAGGUGAUGCUUGUGAUGAAGAUGCUGAUGGAGAUAACAUUCCUAACAAUCCUGAUAACUGUCCUCUCGUUCCUAAUCCCAAUCAAGAAGACACGGACGAAGAUUCUCCAGAUAGAUUGGGUGAUGCUUGUGACAACUGUCCAACUGUCCCCAAUGCAGAUCAAUUGGAUUCUGAUGGUGAUGGCAUCGGUGAUGCAUGUGACCAAGAUAUUGAUAAUGAUGGAAUUCAUAAUUUAUUGGAUAAUUGUCGUGCCAUACCAAAUGGAGAUCAAGUUGAUAGAGACGGAGAUGGACUUGGAGAUGUUUGUGAUAAUUGCCCAUCAGUACCAAAUCCCGAUCAGGAAGAUCUCGAUAAAGAUCGAAUAGGAGAUGUUUGUGAUAGCCCUAGAGAUAGAGAUCAUGAUGGAUGGCCAGAUCAUAUCGAUAAUUGUCCAGAUGUGGCUAACAGUGAUCAAUUGGAUACAGAUACUGACAGAAUAGGUGAUGAUUGCGAUUUUGACAAAGAUAAUGACAAUAUAACUGACAGCAUUGAUAAUUGUCCACUUGUACCAAAUCCCGACCAAAAAGAUACAAACAAUACGGGGGUGGGAGAUGCUUGCAGGGGUGAUUUCGAUAAAGACGGUGUUCCAGAUGAAGACGACGUGUGCCCAGAUAACAGGAGGAUAUAUGCUACCGAUUUUAGAGAAUAUCAAACAGUAGUGCUCGAUCCAGAAGGCGAAUCUCAGAUCGAUCCUCAUUGGGUUAUAUACAAUAAAGGAGCGGAGAUUGUUCAAACAAUGAAUAGCGAUCCUGGCCUGGCUGUUGGUCUCCACGCUUUCGGAGGAGUAGAUUUUGAGGGUACUUUUUUCGUCGAUACAGAGGUCGAUGAUGAUUACGUGGGCUUCAUAUUUAGCUACCAAGACAAUUCUAACUUUUAUGUCGUGAUGUGGAAGAAGAAAGCUCAAACUUAUUGGCAAGCCACACCUUUUAGAGCUGUGGCAGAACCUGGUAUACAGUUAAAACUUGUCAAAUCUGAAACUGGUCCUGGUGAAAUGCUUAGAAAUUCAUUAUGGCACACUGGCGAUACUGAAGAACAAGUUAAGUUAUUGUGGAAAGAUCCCAGAAAUGUUGGAUGGAAAGAGAAAGCUGCGUACCGUUGGCUAUUACUCCAUCGUCCUAAAAUUGGAUUAAUUAGGUUAAGGAUAUUCGAAGGAGAGAAUAUGGUUGCUGAUAGUGGUAAUAUUUAUGAUGAUACUCUUAAAGGAGGACGUUUAGGAGUUUUCUGCUUCUCCCAAGAGACAAUCAUUUGGUCAGAUCUUGUAUAUCGUUGCAAUGAGGCUGUACCGAGUCGUGUAUACGAAGAACUACCCGACUAUCUGAAAGCAGAAGUAGCUAUCGAUAACACAAGACCUUCUGAUAUACCAAAUGUUGGCCACAGGAGGGUACCAGAAUAUCCAAACAUCGUUCCUGCGGAAUUAAGAAGAAAAUCUUCGAGGUCCGGCCGGAGGAAUUAUUAAAAAAAAGAAAAAAUAUAUAUAUAUAAAUAAAAAUUAAAAAGUUAUAUAAACAUUUUAAAAUUUAAUACCUGUCGGUUAUAAUAAAACAAAAAAAACCACACACACACACACACACACACACACACACACACACACAUCUGUUGUUGGAGUUAUAAGGGUAAUUCCAUUAAGGAAAUGUAGAGAAAAAAAUAAAUGCAUUUUUUGGUACGAACUAUGUUUUUCGCGUUUUUAAUUAAUAUAUAUUCGCGAAAAAUUGCUUUUACUAAAAUUUUAAUUGUUAUUAAAUGAUAAUUUUUGUGAUUUUUUUAAAUGUGUUCGUUUGUUUGUAGAUUUGACUUACUUUAAUUAACAGAGUGCUACUUAAAAUAUAUAUAUAUACAUACAUACACUUAUGGAAGAAUGUGGAAAAAGCAAAUCAAGAUUACCCCCUUAAAGGGGACUAGCGUGAUGAUUACAAAUGCUUUUUUUUUAGUAGUUAAGCUAAUUAGAGAGGAGUUGUCCUGGUUAUAACUGUAUAACCCUGUUGAAUAUACUGAGACGAAUAGCUUAAGAAUUUGAAGUGGUAUGAUAAAUGGAAAUUUUAAGGAACAAGGCCUUUUUAUGGCUUUAUAUUUUUCUAAUGAUUGGCUUCAAGAUGGUUGUUUAGAUAUCCCUGACGCAAAAAAAAAAUCAUUCUUAAUUAAACUUCUUCAGAAAAAUCUAAAUUAAUAAAUAUACAAAUUAAUAUUGGCCAAAUAUUCUCACAUAUCAUGUAAAUUGAUGUUUGUAUAUGUAAAAAAAAACAUUUUAAAGGAAUAAAAAUAAAAUUAAU